GAGCGCGAUCACGCAGAGGCACGCUCCGACCGGGCGGGCGCGAGCUCGCGCACGCGCGCUCCCGCUGCCCUCUCCGGUGACGUGCCUGGCCGAGGCCGCGCUAGGGCGCUGGAGCUGCCACUGAGCGGCUGUCAUGGCGUCGGAGGCGCUGGCAGAGGAGAGCCGGCCGCGGUGUCUAUAGGACCAGGGGCGGGCGGCCGGGGAUGGAGAGCGGCCCUGACAGCCCGCAGCCUCUGGAACUCGGGGUGGCGGCGGGACGGGAGUCGCCGCCGGAAGGGCGACGGCACGUCGGUCGCGAGGCUGAGGAUGGUCUCGCAGGACGCGCGGUGGAGAGCGGCGGUCAGGGGGCGGCGGCCGCGCGGAGCAGCCCCGGGGAUCCGACGUCCCUCUCAAAGCUCGGCAGCGGCGCGGGCUCGGACUUGAAGGACAGCGCGUCGCCGAUCCCCGCUGUCUCGGAGGCGCCUCCGAGAGGGCAGCACAAGGUGACCGCCUCUCCGGAGCUGGCCGAGGCCGCGGCGGGCCGAGGGUCGGGGCCAGUGGGAGAUGCGGGCACCUGCGGGGUGGAGCAGGCGGCCGAGGAGCCCAGCAGCGCCGGCGCCCUGAGCAGCAGCUGCAGCGAGCCGAGCCCCCCUGGGGACUCGCCCAGCUUGGACUCCCUGGAGUCUUUCUCCAACCUGCAUUCUUUCCCCAGUAGCUCUGAGUUCAAUAGUGAGGAGGGAGCAGAGACCAGGGUCCCCGAAGACGUGGAGGAGGGCGCGGCGGGGCCGCCCAGGGCUGCACCUCUGUGCAAAGAAGAGGAGGAGGACCCGGCUCAGGUGCUAGCGGCCUCCAAAGAACGCUUUCCGGGACAGUCAGUGUAUCACAUCAAAUGGAUCCAAUGGAAAGAGGAGAACACGCCCAUCAUCACCCAGAAUGAGAAUGGUCCCUGCCCUUUGCUGGCCAUCCUCAAUGUUUUGCUUCUGGCCUGGAAGGUGAAACUUCCACCAAUGAUGGAAAUCAUAACUGCGGAACAGCUGAUGGAAUAUUUAGGUGACUACAUGCUUGAGGCAAAGCCAAAAGAAAUUUCAGAAAUUCAACGUGUAAAUUAUGAACAGAAUAUGAGUGAUGCUAUGUCGAUAUUGCACAAACUACAGACAGGCCUGGAUGUGAAUGUCAGGUUCACUGGGGUGCGAGUGUUCGAGUACACACCUGAGUGCAUAGUCUUCGAUCUUCUAGAUAUACCUUUGUAUCAUGGGUGGUUAGUGGACCCUCAGAUUGAUGACAUUGUAAAAGCUGUUGGCAACUGCAGCUACAACCAAUUGGUGGAGAAGAUCAUCUCCUAUAAGCAGUCAGAUAACAGCCAGUUGGUUAGUGAAGGCUUUGUAGCUGAGCAGUUUCUAAACAAUACAGCCACUCAACUGACCUACCAUGGAUUAUGUGAACUGACUUCAACCGUUCAGGAAGGAGAACUCUGUGUGUUCUUUCGGAAUAAUCAUUUUAGCACCAUGACAAAACACAAGGGUCAACUGUAUUUGUUGGUAACAGACCAGGGGUUUCUUACUGAAGAAAAAGUUGUCUGGGAGAGCCUGCACAAUGUAGAUGGUGAUGGAAAUUUCUGUGACUCAGAAUUCCAUCUGCGACCUCCAUCAGAUCCUGAGACUGUGUACAAAGGUCAACAAGACCAAAUAGAUCAGGACUACCUUAUGGCACUAUCACUGCAACAAGAACAGCAGAGCCAAGAGAUCAACUGGGAGCAAAUCCCAGAAGGGAUCAGUGACCUGGAGUUGGCGAAGAAACUCCAAGAGGAGGAAGACAGACGAGCCUCCCAGUACUAUCAGGAGCAGGAGCAGGCGCAGUUGGCUGUGGCUGCCACCACCACAUCCACACAGGUCCAGCAGAGCCAGCCAGCACAACAAGCCUCUCCAUCAAGUGUAAAACAGCCUGGAAAUAGUGAACGGAAACGAAAGGAACCCCGGGAAAAAGACAAAGAGAAAGAAAAGGAAAAAAAUAGCUGUGUGAUUUUAUAGGAAGUGCUGGUAUCUAUGGGAACCACCUAUGCAGAUGACGGAAAGGAAGAACCAGUACCUACCGUCUGUGCCUGAUCUCCCAAUGGAUUUUGCUCUUGUUUUCCAGGGGAAGGUUGUUACUUUGUUACAAUCAACUUUUUUAAGUUACACAAUACACUCUUUAUGAGCUGGAGUUUUAUGUUACAAGUUGGAACUGUUGUGUGUUGUCACUUGUAGCCAAAUAAGUAUAUCACUCCUAUGUUGUGUUUAGUGACAAGGCAACUCCAAUCAGUAAGCUACUGUGUUCUGUCUGACAAUGGAUGGAGAUCACUGAGUGAGCGAUCCUUCUCAAGAUGUAAUUAUUAGCACAACUGUUUCUGAAACAUUUACAUUAAAUUAUGUUCUAAUACAUAAAAAUUGAGGAGUUUAAUAUAGGGAGAGAGAAAAAAGCAGGAAUAAAUGACCCUUCAUUGUACAUUGAACUGGUUCAGCCCUUAAACAGCUUUACCUUUCUUUAUUAAUGUACAUUUUAGCUAUUAUCUUGAGAACUGAUAAUGGAGCUUGGAUCCAAUUUAGAUAGAAAAAGUAUUUUUUAUUUUCCAAUAACAAAAAAAAAAACAAAAAAAAACAAAAACAAAAAAAUUACAUGACACUAAUACAUAUAACCUAUCCAAAUCAGAUACUGACUUUGUAGUGUUGUAAGAUUCUGAGGAAUUUUAACACCUUUAGGUAACCUGAAUGGUGGUUUGUUUGUUACAGAUGUAAUAUGUGAGUGAAGAGAAGACCACAUUUAUGUUCAGCCUUGUAAAUAUAAUGGCAGAGAAGAGCAGAGUUCACUGUCUACCUUUUUCUAGAAUUACCUUGAACCUUAAAUUUUAAAUCAUGUUUAUUGCUAGAAAACUAAGCAUAGUUAAACCAAUAAAAAGCACAUUUCUGAGGGAGAGUUAAUCUCUUGACUCUAGUGAAAAGAUAUUAAUAAAAUUCUGAACAUAGCAGGAAUCUGAAGGAAUUUAUGUAAAAGCAAUCAGAUUUUUUAACUUAUGAGAACCAAAUAAACCUAAGACAUCUUCUAUCGUUUAUAGGCUUCUGAAAGAAUAUUUACUCAGCUUUGUGAUGAGGCAGCACAUAUUGUAUUUCUAGAUCAAGUUUGGAAAACUAUCCUUAACAGUCCUUUUUAUAUACUUUGUAUUUAAAGUUUAUUUCCGUCAUUUUUAAAGAUUAUUGCUGGUGCAGAUAGCUGUGUGAUUUGCCCUAAGCCUCAGUAAACUUGUUUAUUCAGGAACAUCACAAAUUGAACAUCCAGUUAAAGAAUAUUUCUUGUGGUCUGGAGGCAACAAAAGAUUACCAAAAAAAAAAAAAAAAAAAAAAGUCCAGAGUUUCUUGAGACUAUUGUCAUUAACAUUCUCCAUGAUCCCAACCAGCUAUAGGAUGAAUCUGUAUGUAAAAAGUAGUUUUCUUAAUGAAAAGUAUUAUUCUAAGGGUAAAAAUUCAGGACCAUGCUGUAUCCUUUAUAUCCUUCUAUAUUACAUGUCUAUUUAUGUUGUUAUUUCUUCAGAUUUCCUAUGCUAGCAUGGGAAUCAAUCAGAGAGCCUGACGGGGUAUAAAAUUUGUGUAUAAAAUACUUGGUAAGUCUCUUGAUUCCAACCUAGAAUGAGUGUGAAUUGUCAGAGCUCAGACCACUUUGGGUAGCCUGACCUCAGCAUAAACACCCAUGAUAGAUAGCACUCUGGUGAUUAAAGGAGAAAGCUCAAGCCUCAGGGUUUGCUUUUCCCAGAACAGUCUAUUAUUUUAAUUUAGAAAACAAUAAACCUUGAGUAAUUUUUAAAAAAAGUAUACUUGAGGCAUAUUUUUCCAUAGUUAUAUACAAUAUCUAUUUAUUGCCCUUGAAGAAUCUAUAUAUAAAAUUAUGUUGUUUUUUUACUAUCUUAAUUUGUUCCAAAGAUAAUAUUGCCAUACUGCAUUUCCUCUAGAAGAAAUAGAGAACAAAACAAACACAACUCACUCAAAACCAGCAUCGCUAUCAGAUAAGUCGAUGUCAGUGUGCCCUUAUGACAAGUAAUGCAUUGUGUGUGUUAAUCCAAUCUUUUCUCAUGUCAGAUUUGUAAGUUGGCCUUGGCUACAUUCCUGGAAUUGUUUGAUAUGACAAGAGUCAUAAUAAGAUACUUGUUUUGAUUACUGUGGGGGAAAUUAAAUGAUUGACUCUAUUAAAACAAAUUUCUGAGAUGCUUUCCUGUCCUCAAAAGCUGUCAAGGAUCUAAACUGCCGUGUGCUUAUUUCCUAUGCUUUGCUCAAGGUAGCAAGUGAUAGAUAUUCAGGCAUAUUGUUGCUUAUUUGGGUACAUAGGACUUUGAAAAUGGUAUUUUGAGGUAUUUUUCCCCUCACAAUACUUUGUAAUACUUGAAAUUGUUAUACAUAUCUUGCUAACUGGUGUUAGAAUUUAAACAUUUUGGAGCUUAAUGUUUCUAGGCUAAAUUUCAGGCACAUUCAGCAUGUACCCAUUCACCAUGAGAGCUGACAGAAGGCAGGUGGAGAAGCAGAUAUUGUCCCUGACUUUUCUCUUGCUUUCAAAGCAUAGUCUUAAGAUUAGUGACCAGUCUUUAUUAACGUGUACUUCUUCAUGAAUAACCCCAUUAUAUCAACAGUGCUAUGACUUGUACUAGUUUAUCAAUACCUAGAAGCGUGUGUGUGUGUGUGUGUGUGUGUGUGUGUGUGUGUGUUUCUGAAGCAGAUUACCAUGACUUCUGUUUGAGUCUCAAAGCAAAAUUUCUAUCAAAUUUGAAAUUUGUCAUUUAAAAAAUAUGCACAUGCACACACCAGAAUGCUCAAGGCCCUGGUCUAGAACAUGCAUAUGCGUCUAGACACAUGGAGCAGUAUGGUGCAAAGCAGUUAAUUAUGACAUUAGCUUUAUUCCCAGCCAGUGUUCAUAGGCAGAAUAACUUCCUCCAUGUUCUAAGCUAAGGCUAGGAUUUGAGCAAGACAGAGGCUUAAGUUUGGGAUUAGGUUUAUAUCUUAUCUUGUUUUGAUUGCCUCCCUUUUCUUUAGUUUAACAGUUUAUCCAUAUCUGUUUUGAAUGUUUCCUCAUGCCCCUUGAUCUUGGCUAACCUAAGUUGACUAAACUCAUAUUGGCCACUCUGUACUCAUACAAAAGCUUCAUAGCAUUUUGUUUUCUGUGAAUCAUAAACUCAGUGCAGACCUUGAGGACUAGAGGGCAGAUGUGAGGAAAAGGUAUGACUCAUGAUCACUGUCUGUAUUAGCAUGUGAACAGAUAGCUGUCUGGAAAAUUGUAGCAAAUCAAGGCAAGAAUUUCUAGAAUUGUCCUCAGUCAUGCUUAAAUUUUUAGACAUGGUCUUGCUGUGUAGCCAGCUGACCCAGAAUCAACUGUUGUAACCCUGGCUACCUUCAAACCCAGAAUCCUCCUGUCUCAGCUUCUCACUGCCGUGAUUACAUACCCAGCUUGUUUAAACUCUUUCAAAAAGUAAACAGCAAACCGAUUGCAUUUUGCUUAGCUUUCUUACCCAUUGUACCAGUUUUUUGUUUUGUUUUGUUUUUAAUGACAGAAAGCUUACAGGUUUGCACUUAUAACUGUCUUAGGCAUACAAUUUAAAUUUAAAAAGUAAUGUUUGACAAAAUAAGGAAAAGACAUUAAAGAUAGUCACUCAUUUUAAGGAAUUAGACGUGAAAUUUUGAAUCAUUUGAUGUUUGAAACCUUUGUCUGGGUAUGGUAAUACACACCUGUCACCCCACCUCUGGAGAGGCUGAAGCAGGAGGCCCCUGAGUUCAGGACCCAGUCUGGACAAGUAGUAAGACCCUGUUUCCAAAUGUGAACCUGACUUUGCCUUGUUUUGGCAAUCACUGUGCUCCUCGGCUUACUCUCUGUGCAGGGUGCUCCUCUCCCACCACUCCCCAGAGCUUGCUUCUCCUGAAUGAAUGCCAUACUUUGAGCACUGAGACUCAUGGAGAUCACAGACACUGCACGUCUUGUUCUUAUGUGCAGACUUUUUAAUCAUGACUUAAAUCAGUUGGUUUUUUUUUUUUUUUUAAUGUUGUAGAAUUAUUUCGAAUGUGGCAUCAUGGCUUUCAAAAAUAUAUUUUGUAGUUGUUUUUGUAUUCGGUAGACUAGUGUCAAGACCAGGAGUAUUUGGUGUAUAAAAUGCACUUUACAGACCUGUUCUCCAGAUAACUUUUACAGAUCUAAGCAUUUAGAGCCCCUUGGCCUUUCCCUCCAGAGGAAAGCAGCAUCAGGAACUGACUGUUCUCUCCGCUGCUGUCAGUGUAGACUAACUUGUGGUUUAGUGUGAAAAUGAACUCUGAUGGUGUACAAGUCAGCUCCUUUAGGCAGAGUGAGAAAUCACAAAGGAACGUUUGAAUCUUAAGAGUCCUUGGUUCUCUGAUAAUUUAGCCUCUUUUGUUACUGAUGCCCAACACCUUUUAAACUGUUAGGGGAAAAGUUAUGAAGAAUUCAGUUUACUUUUCUCAGGUAACAGUUGAAAAUAACUUUUAAAAUUAAAAGUUCCCUGAAGGAACUAAUAGAGAAGAUAAAACAGGAGGGUACCUUGCAGAAUGCUGAAAAACUUACUUUGAAAAAAAUCUAAGAUGUAAUUUAUGCAUGUCUUUAUUUAAUCCUGGUAUCUCUGCUAUUAGGAAAUAGAGCUUAACAAAUUGAUAUAUACAUAUAUUUUUUUACAUGUAGGAUUCUAGUUUCUAUCUUCUGAACUCAAGAAAACUAAACUGAAUAAACAGGGUAAAAAUCUUCAACUCUUGCCUCAAAUUCAAUGUUCCUUUGUCCUGACAAAGGAUAGUUAGACUUGUCUAGUAAGCUAGUAUCUUUUAGGGCAUGACACUCUCCCAUUGACUAGUUGAAAUAUCAUGGCAGAGAUAGGAAACCCAUGCUUUGUCCCAUGGUAAAUUUAAAGAACAAAAGCCCCCUUAUCCCAGAAAGUGCCCACUUUAGCAUGAAUUAUAGAGACUUCCUCAGCUCACACAGUAAUUUGUCACUGGCCACCUUUCCAAUGUUCAACCCUGCCUGCAUUGUCACAUCUAGAUUAGAGGAUGCACAGUGCAGAGCCCCUUGCUAGGCAGUCCGAGCUCCUUUGGCUCCAGUAGUCAUUUCACAGCUUCAUGUAGAAAGUCAGGGAGCUGAAAUGCCCAUCAUAAAUCAUGAAUCAGUGAAGACAUCCUAACAGAAAUGCCCUAGGAAGCAGCUAAAACUCCUGGAAUGAGUUUUAAGAUAAGAGAUUGGUGUUUAAUCUUUGAAAAUGAUGUCUGUUUUGUCAGAAUGUUUGUUGCUGUUCUUUCCCACCCAAUAUUUGUAUGACAUAACCACUGUGAAAGAAAGCAGUGUCUUUUCACUUCCUAGUUCUGUUUUGUUUUGUUUUUAGCGAAGCUUUGUUCUAGUACUUUUUGUUAAGACUUAUUUUCCUCAGUAAAAUGACAACUUAUUGCAGAUACACAUAGAAGACUGAUGUGUGGCUGCUACAUGUCAGAAGGGAUAAUUUCCCAGCAAAGUCAUUCCCUAAUGCCAGCACAUAUAAGUCUUUUCCCUUGUUAUGGACUGCAUAAGUAGGUUGAAACAUGGAUUUGGGAGAGCAACAAGUUAAGUGGAAUGAUGACUGAAACUGUCAUUUUGAACAACAGUAAGGAAAAGACACCGGUUUUUGUCCCCCACUUCAGUGUGAAGCUAAUUUGCGCUGACACAUGGAGCUGUGUGCUAGCUGAAAUGGCUGUGAGAACUGACUGUGAGGGCUCGGUGCCUCCACUCGCCUCCCCUGCCUGUCCCAGGAUCUUCUCUAUGUCUAAUGAUUCGUUCUGCUGCUGUAAAUGGAGUGAAAACUAACAACACAGAAGCACUGGAAUGUGUUCUUUGAAAAAAGACACCUAAAAUGUGCCUACCCAUCACAGGGCUGAACUCCUUUCAGUGAAAUAAACUUGGGUGUUUUAAAUGCUAAUUAUGCAGAGAACACCUCUAAAAAUUGUCUUAAAUUUCAAGUUUCACUUUUGGAAACUACUUCUGAAAAGACACUGAAUAUAGGUGGGAAAGUUAAAAUGUUUCUGACACAAUGAUUCAGUAUUAUUCAGUGUUUAAUCUCGUUUGUUAUUGUACCACAAGUGUAGUGUCAUCGUUGGAUUAAAAUGUUGGAUGUUUUUGUUAAUAUACUUAAAACUGUAACCAGUGAAUAACAUCGUAGUAUUUUUUAUUAUAGAUUAUAUUUUAUUUCAAUAAACUUUGAUAUUUAGACGGAA